AAAAGGCACCAAAGUGACAAUCAAGUUAACAACCGUUCUGUCCUGAAGCUGAUGAAUGGCAGGUUAGAGGAAGACAAAUGGAUGAAUGUCCAAGUGGGAGAUAUAAUAAAACUAAAAAAUGAUCAGCCAGUUACGGCAGACUUACUAUUACUCUCUAGCAGUGAGCCGUUCAGUCUGACGUACAUUGAAACAGCAGACUUGGAUGGUGAAACCAACUUGAAAGUGAAGCAGGCUAUCUCAAUUACCAGUGAAAUGGAAGAUAAUCUGAAACUGCUCUCUGCCUUUGAUGGAGAAGUGAGAUGUGAUCUUCCCAAUAACAAGUUGGACAAAUUCUCAGGAACACUAACCUAUAAGGGGAAAAGGUACUUUCUGGACCAUGACAAGCUGCUGCUCCGAGGCUGCAUCAUCAGGAAUACAGAUUGGUGCUAUGGCUUGGUGAUUUAUACUGGUCCAGACACCAAAUUAAUGCAGAAUAGUGGAAAGUCCACCUUUAAACGGACACAGAUCGAUCAUCUCAUGAAUGUCCUUGUGCUCUGGAUUUUCCUGUUUUUAGUUGCCAUGUGCGCUUUCCUAGCAAUUGGGCAAGGCAUUUGGGAGAACCAGAAAGGCUACCACUUCCAGGUUUUUUUGCCAUGGGAAGAUUAUGUCUCUUCAUCAGUUGUGUCUGCCAUCCUCACUUUCUGGUCCUACUUCAUUGUUCUCAACACCAUGGUACCCAUUUCCCUCUAUGUCAGUGUUGAAAUAAUAAGACUGGGAAAUAGCUAUUAUAUCAACUGGGAUCGGAAGAUGUUUUAUGCACCGAAGAACACACCAGCACAGGCUCGCACAACCACCCUUAAUGAGGAGCUUGGCCAGGUCAAGUAUGUGUUCUCCGACAAAACAGGGACCCUGACUCAGAACAUCAUGACUUUCAACAAGUGUUCAAUCAGUGGGAAGCUCUAUGGUUACUCCUAUGACAAGAAUGGACGGAAGGUGUCAGCCUCUAAGAGAGACAAGGUCGACUUCUCCUACAACAAACUGGCUGAUCCUAAGUUUUCGUUUUAUGACAAGACUUUGGUAGAAGCAGUGAAAAGAGGAGAUCACUGGGUGCACUUGUUUUUCCUCUCCCUCUCAUUAUGUCAUACUGUGAUGUCAGAAGAGAAAGUGGAAGGUGAGCUGGUGUACCAGGCUCAGUCCCCAGAUGAAGGUGCCCUGGUCACUGCUGCCAGAAACCUUGGCUUUGUGUUCCGUUCUCGCACAUCUGAGACAAUCACGAUGGUCGAAAUGGGAGAAACCAGAGUCUACCAGCUGCUGGCUAUUUUGGAUUUCAGCAAUGUGCGCAAGAGGAUGUCUGUUAUUGUGCUGACACCUGAAAAUCGGGUAAUGUUGUUCUGUAAGGGAGCAGAUACCGUCAUCUGUGAGCUGCUUCAUCCAUCCUGUACAUCCCUUAGUGAUGUGACCAUGGAACAUUUAGAUGAUUUUGCCUCUGAAGGCCUGCGUACCCUCAUGGUGGCCUACCGAGAGUUGGACCAUGAGUAUUUCAAGAGCUGGAGCAAGAAGCACAGUGAAGCCUACCUGUCUCUGGAGAACCGGGAGAAUAAAUUGUCACUUGUCUAUGAAGAGAUUGAAAAAGACUUGAUGCUGUUAGGGGCCACAGCCAUAGAAGACAAGCUGCAAGAUAAAGUACCUGAGACAAUCAUCACCCUAAGGAAAGCCACAACUAAAAUAUGGAUUUUAACUGGCGAUAAGCAAGAGACUGCUGUGAACAUUGCCUAUUCCUGUAAUAUAUUAGAGGAUGAAAUGGAUGGAGUAUUCACGGUGAAAGGCAAGGAUAGUGAGACAAUUCGCCAAGAACUCAGGACAGCAAGGGGCAAGAUGAAACCUGAGUCUCUUCUGGAAUCAGAUCCCAUAAACAUUUACCUCACAGAGAAACCCAAAAUGCCCUUCAGAAUACCUGAAGAGGAGCCCAAUGGCAACUAUGGCUUGAUCAUCAAUGGCUACAGUCUGGCCUAUGCUCUAGAAGGGAACUUGGAGGUGGAACUGCUGCGAACAGCGUGCAUGUGCAAGGGGGUGAUCUGCUGCCGGAUGACACCCCUUCAGAAAGCCCAGGUGGUACAGCUGGUGAAGAGGUACAAGAAGGUGGUGACACUGGCCAUCGGGGAUGGGGCCAAUGACGUCAGCAUGAUCAAAGCUGCCCACAUUGGGGUUGGCAUCAGCGGCCAGGAGGGGAUGCAGGCCAUGCUCAACAGUGACUUUGCCUUCUCCCAGUUCCACUACCUUCAGCGUCUACUCUUGGUCCAUGGCCGCUGGUCUUAUAAUCGCAUGUGCAAGUUUCUCAGCUACUUCUUUUACAAGAACUUUGCCUUCACCCUGGUGCACUUCUGGUAUGCCUUCUUCAAUGGGUUCUCUGCACAGACAGUUUAUGAUACCUGGUUUAUCACCUGCUACAAUUUGAUCUACACCUCCCUCCCUGUCCUGGGCAUGAGUCUGUUUGAUCAGGAUGUGAAUGAAACAUGGAGCCAACGUUUCCCAGAGUUAUAUGAGCCAGGCCAGCACAACCUCUAUUUCAACAAGAAGGAAUUUAUGAAGUGCUUAGUGCAUGGAAUCUACAGUUCCUUCGUGCUGUUCUUUGUCCCCAUGGGGACCAUUUACGACUCAGAACGCAAUGAUGGGAGGGACCUCUCCGAUUUCCAGUCCUUCUCUCUGAUAGUGCAGACCACCUUGAUCUGGGUGGUCACGGUACAGAUUGCCCUGAAGAUAACCUACUGGACGAUGAUAAGCCACUUCUUCAUCUGGGGUAGCCUGGGUGUCUACUUUUGCAUAUUAUUCUUCCUGUACAGUGAUGGCUUGUGUGUAUUGUUCCCCAGCAUCUUCCAUUUCCUAGGUGUAGCCAGGAAUGUUAUGAACCAGCCACAAAUGUGGCUUUGUCUUAUCCUCAGUGUGGUCCUCUGUAUGGUUCCUGUAAUAGGGUACCAAUUUCUCAAACCACUAUUCUGGCCUCUCAGUGUGGACAAGGUUUUUGGCAGAAUUCGACAUUGCAUGAAACAUCCACUGUCACCCCCAGUCCGGGUCAGAAUGAAACACCCGAGUAGUCGACGCUCUGCUUAUGCAUUCUCCCACAAACAGGGCUUUGGGGCCCUCAUCGUAUCUGGCAAGACAGAGAAGUUCAAGAUAGCCAAGAAAAGCAAGUAG